UCAGCACUGUUGACAGACUGUUUAAAGUCUAAGGGUUUCGUCUAGAUACCUAACAAAAUUGUCAUUGCCGCAGCUGUAGUAACAGAGACUUGCUCGAACAGAGGUACAAACUAGGACCAAAACUAACUAUAAUAGAGCUGAACUUGAGCAACGUCUAACAGACAGAAGAUAUGACCGCGAUUCUGGGCUAUUGGAAACUGGACAAGAACGAUGAGCGCUGGGACGAGUACAUGAAGACUGUCGGGGUCAACUUCGUGCUCCGAAAGGUGGGAAAUUCCAUUACAAGCUAUGAAGAUAUAGUACAAAACGGCGAAAACUGGGAAAUGCAUUUGCUGUCUACAUUUAAAAACAACCACCUUAACUUUAAGCUUGGAGAAGAGUUUGAUGAAAAUACUCCCGAUGGAAGAAAUUGUAAGUCAACGUUUGUGAUAGAAGGGGAUUCUCUUGUGCACUACCAGAAAGGAACUAAAGACGGAGAUGUCAACUCCAAAAUCACGAGGACGAAAGUAGAUGAGGAUACCAUGACAGUGACAUUUGUCGCCGAGGGCAAAGAUCUAACAACAGUACGAAUAUACAAGAAACAUCCGAAACCAUGAUGAACUAAUAUUGGAUAGAGGAACACAGAACGAGAAAUUGUUAUAAAUUUUACAGAGCAGACACGAUGAAGGAAAAGGAACUACUUAAGUUGUGUUUACGAUACGUUAAGCUGAAGCAUUUAUAUGUGACUUGUAUAAACAAUGUAUGUUUUUAGUUUCUAUGUUUAACAACUCCUUGGGGACCUAUAAGUGAUCCAUCCGCAACGAAGAUUCACCCUACUGAUGAGGUGCCAACUUGUCUACAGACAAAAUCAUACCAUUAACACUAAGUAUGACUUGGGUGUAACAGGUGCAGAGUCACACAGUAGUACCUUAAUUGCCAAUUGAUCAUGUGUGUGGCAAUACUGAUUAUUAAAGGGAAACAUGACAAA